AUGAGCGGAGCGAUCCGAAACGACAAAAGGGCCGGGCUGAUCAUAGCUGACGUUUCCCGUUUCCAACACGACCGCGGCCACGUCCGUUCUCGAAAUCCGUCUCCUCUGGAACUAUUCCAUUCCACAUACCAGCCACCAUACCGAAUUGGUCAAGAACCGAUCGACGAGCAAUCAAUACUUUCUAAUGACCAACAAGAUUACAAAAAUCACCCACUUCAUCAUUUAGAUACAUCAAUGCCCCCAUAUCCCCUGAAUGUUGGUCGUUUGGAGCAGCAGCCUCAAACACCUCUCAAAGACGACAAGUACUAUGGCCACAGACACAUACUGCAAGCUUACGCUGGUGGGAAUGACCUUCCCCCAGUCCAGGAUCUGCGAGACUAUAUGGUCAAUCAGAACUUACUAGUAGAGAAGUCUAGACAUGCGUCGCAAGGCCAACCCAAAAAGCCUUCUCACAAUCCUCUUGUGGAUAGGGUCAUGAAUAAACCACUCGUGCGACUUGGCCCCAAACCUGUUUCAGGCAAUAAUGACAUGUUUGAAGAAGAACGACCGUACGUGGUUUCCUCGAGUACGUUGUGUGAGGUGCUUCAGCUACUAUUCUCUAUAGUGGUGACGACACUUCUGAGUGUUUUGGGGUCGGCAGAUGUAAGAACAAGUAGUUCUAUUUAUCGCUAUUUCAUUGCAGCUGGUGUGAUGUCGUUGGUUGCUGCUCUUCUAUUUGUGAGUAAGACUGUUCGAUACGAGAAGAAGAACGCUGCCGUGUUCUGUUCCCUAGCAUGUAUUUUCACUGGCGUGGCGCUGGUCUUAGCCAUCGCAACUUUUGCUACGGACUCCAAUUGUGCGACCGCACAGAUAUGUAGCAUGCGGAAGGCGUUAGCUACGAUCACCAUUCUUUCGUUUCUCUUGUGGAUGGGCACUACGAUAGUCUAUGUUACCACUCUUUACAUAUCUCAUAUGGAUGGCUUGCAUUCUCCUCCAGGCUAUUCUCCGAGCUACUCUGAGAGUGCUCCCUCUACUCCUAGAAAAGAUAAUCUCCUUCCGCUGUACUUCAAACCAAGAAAGCAAGAGGUUGGAUACUAA